AUGGAAGGCAGUGAUGGCAAUCAAAGCAGGGAUGAGGAGGCAACAGAUGAAGAAGACCAGGCAUCACUGGCAUCUUUGAAACCUUUGGAAAGCAACUACCAACAAGACACAACGGAUGCACUUGGGAUUGGCAAGAACUCCUGGGCAAUGAACAUGCUCUCCGUGAUGUUGCCCUGUGAUGAUGAUUGUGACGAAGAAGAAGAAGAAGAAGACAUCUUCAAACGAUCUUUGAAAUCCUUCCAGAAACCGAUUGAUGUGCUUAAAGACGACAAGAAUUCGUGGGCAACAGGGACACUGUCCAUGAUUGUUGCCGAAUGA